AUGUCGAAAACCACCACUUGCCGUAUCACCAUUCGCAACCAGUCCAACGACACCAAGCGCUUCCUUCUGUUCCAGGAUGCUCCCAAGCCCAAGAACCUGAACAGCUCCGAAGUGUUCUACAAUGUCUUCCAGACUAGCCCGCGCCUGAAGUCCGGCGAGAACUCCAUGGUCCGCUUUGAGAUGGACAGCAAGUUCUUCGCUAUUCACGGCACUGCCCAGAAGAACGCUGUUGGUCCAACCCGCGUGUACACCAGCGACUCCAUGCCUGUCAAGCUCGGCCCUGAUGGCACUGUCGCCGCUUUGACGACCAUAGAUGACGAAAGCCCAUGCUGGAACGACACUGUCAUCCAAAGCAAAAAGUCCGAUGCCAAAGGUGGCUUCAACUUUGUGACGGAUAGUAGCUUCAAGUACCCCAACAAGGCUAAUAUCUACAUCGGACUGGGUGCACCAGACGCCACCGGCAGCGUCAUCCCCGUGCAGACCUAUGUGGCCAAGCCGAGCCAGACCAACCAACUGUUCCCCAAGCUGCGCUACUACAUCUGCACCGGGGAACAUCACCAGGGCAUGAUUGUUGACCGCAAUGAGAUUGGCGUCGCCCUCAAGGUGGAUUUCACCGGAUGCGCCGUGCCCGAGGCUUAUUUCAUCAUGAAUUCCAACGGCACCUUUGUGGAUGAUGAGGGCCAGACUAAGAAAAAUCUGGUCAAGUGGGAGGUUUCCGAAGUCACCGAGGUCAAGGACAUGGCACUGUCUCCCCCUCCUGAGUCGGUCCUGACUCCAACCACAAACGACGGGAUCGAUGAGGACUUUUUGCCGGAUGCAAUUGUGACUAUCCGCAAUAAAUCUGCCCUUCCAGAGUCCUUCGUGAUCUUCCCCGUGGCGCCCACCUUCUCAUCCGCCAAUGUGCCCGCUCAGAUUAACCUGAGCAUCUACCAGGCAUCGCUCCGGGUUGCCUCGCGCACAGGCAGCACCACAUUCACGCUAACUUUCCCCAAUGGAGACCCUCGCUCUCUCUUUGCGGUGACCGGCUGCGGAUCUCACGGUGCCAUCCGCGAGCUGUACUAUGACCAUGCCAGAUGGCUCGGAGCCAAGUUUCGUUCUUCCCCGCAGCAACGGCAGCUUCAGCCAUGGCGCCACGAUGGACGAGGAGGAAAGCAUUUCCAGGCGCCCCCAAUUGCCGAUGGGCAUGCAGACGCUCCCUUUAUCGGAAUUGGCGCAGUCAACCCUUCCAAUCCGGACGACGUGGUUCCCGUGGUGACAUGGACGGCCAUUCCAGGAAGCGUGUACAUCCUUGCUCCGAGCUUGGAUUGGCGAUGUGCUCGCGGACAUGCUGUGGCUGGUGAGAUCAUCGAUCUUACGGAUUGGCAACCUGCCGCGACGAUACCGUCUCUGCGGCCCGGAGCCGAGAGAGAGGUGAAGUAUCAAAGUAAUGGGCAGUUCGAGGUGAUCCAGCUCGGGCACGCACAAUAG